AUGGAGUGCUGUGUGGCUGCUGGGAUCACCAGUUACAGAGAGAUGUGGACAUACUGGAGAGAGUUUGGUGAAAGGCCACCAAGAAAAGGAGCAAAUCGAUUCCUGACUGUAAGGAAGAAGGAUGGUUCAGAACUAACACAUGCAGUAAUGACUUGUUGCUUGGCUCCCAGUACGAAACGUGCUAUUUGGAGUUUAAUUCAGAGAUUUCCUGUCACAAAGAAAGAACGAACAGAACUUCUGCCAAAGAUGGAGCGAGGAAAUGCAUGUGCAGUUGAAUCUGAAAACAGAGAAAUGAACAAGACAAGUGGGCGACUUAACAGCGGUAUCCCCCAGGUUCCAGUGAAAAGACAAGAAUCAGAGUUUGAUUUCUUCAGGCAAUCGCUACCAGUUUUUGAAAAGCAGGAAGAAAUUGUCAAAAUAAUAAAGGACAAUAAAGUUGCUUUGAUUGUAGGAGAGACUGGAUCAGGAAAAACUACUCAAAUCCCUCAGUUCCUUCUUGAUGACUGUUACAAAAGUGGAACUCCCUGUCGUAUAUUUUGCACUCAGCCAAGACGUUUGGCAGCUGUUGCUGUGGCUGAAAGAGUGGCAGCAGAAAGAAGAGAAAAGAUUGGCCAGACUAUUGGUUAUCAGAUCCGAUUAGAAAGCAGGGUUUCUCCAAAGACACUGUUAACAUUUUGCACUAAUGGCGUACUACUUCGCACCCUGAUUGCAGGAGACAGCACACUAUCGACAGUGACGCAUGUUAUUGUGGACGAAGUACAUGAGAGGGAUAGGAUCAGUGACUUCUUGUUAAUAAAACUGAGAGAUGUGUUGCAAGAACAAACUCAUCUAAAACUAAUUAUUUCUAGUGCAGCUCUAGAUGCAGAUCUCUUUAUUAGGUACUUUGGAAGUUGCCCAGUAAUACACAUACCAGGAACACCUUUUGAAGUUAAAGAGAUGUUUUUGGAGGACAUUUUAAGAAGCACUGGGUAUACAAACAAAGAGAUGGUAAAGUACAAAAAAGAGAAACAGCAAGAAGAACAACAGCAGAGCACUCUUACUGAGUGGUGUUCUGCACAAGAAACUAAUAGCAUACUGGAAUCUCGGAGACAAAUGUCUGUUCCAAGUACAACUGAAGAAUAUCGUCUGUUGGAUGAUGGUGGUGACACAGUAUUUAAUCAACUGACUGAAAAAGAUGAGGAUUGCCUUGAACCAUGGCUAAUAAAAGAAAUGGAUUCUAGUCUUUCUGACAUCUGGUUGAACAGAGAUGUUGAUUCCUUUGCUCAGGUGUUCCAUCUCAUUUUAACUGAAAAUGUCAGUG